AUGAAGCUGAACGAGAGAUCUGUGAUCCACUAUGCACUCAGCGACUCUCCAGCGGACCACACGGGCUUCUUGCGCACUUGGGGGGCACCGGGGGCAUCUUCCACCUCCAACAGCACUGGCCGGAGGUGCUGGUUCGUCCUCAAGGGCAACCUGCUAUUUUCCUUCGAGAGUCGAGAGAGUCGCACCCCACUGGGCCUGGUGGUGCUGGAGGGCUGCACGGUGGAGCUGGCUGAGGCACCAGUACCCGAGGAGUUUGCCUUUGCCAUUCACUUCAGUGCUCCUGGGGUACGCCCACACGUGCUGGCAGCAGAUGGGCCGGCAGCCCAGGAAGCCUGGGUGAAGGUGCUGUCCAGGGCCAGCUUUAGCUACAUGCGCCUGGUGGUCCGGGAGCUGGAGAACCAACUUCGAGAUGCCCGCCAGAGACUGGCCUGCCACCAGCGCACCCCUUGGAAGACUGCUGGCUCCCGCUGCAGGCCCCAGACUCCUGAGGGGUGGUCUGUGGCCAUAGAGAAUGGCCACUCCUUCUCCAGGGAUUGCAGCACUAUGGGUUUGGUGGGGGACGAGGGCAGCCGGUCAGUAGGUCGGUCCACGGCUGAGUGGGAGCAACAGAGCCCUACCAGCCUUCUCCUCAGCAAGGGGCAGAGCCCUGUGUCCCCUGAGACCUCCUGCUUCUCUACCCUGCAUGAUUGGUACGGCCAGGAGAUCCUGGAGCUCAGGCGUGAGUGGCUGCAGAGGCAGGCUAAAUGCAAGGAGCUGGACAAGUCCUGAACCUGGACCUGAGCCCAGCCCUCCAGGUUUGUCCUGC